AUGUGUAUAUAAGAGCCGGUGCAACGACUCGGCGCAGUUUACUGCCGCGGGUCUCGCGAGCGCGAGCGCGUGUGCCCAACGCACGUGAGAGAGCUAUAGUACGAGUGUUGUGGGUUCGUGUUAUACACCUGUACGCGUGUGUAGUCAUAUAGUGGAAAUAACGGGCUGCGCGCACUCGAUACUUUGUAAAUUGUGUGUACACGUGUGGUCGGGGCAGCAUGUCGGUGGCAGCAGUGUUCGCUUUGAGUUGCUGUGCGGGUCUGGUUGGACUACUGCCGGCCGGCGUCAGGGCAGCGCUGGAUCCCAAUCCGGAUAUAGAGCUCAAGACCAAUGAGUUAGCGAGAAAGUACGGCUACCCUUUCGAGGCUCACACUGUCAUAACAGAGGACGGGUACAUUCUGUCGCUGCACAGGAUUCCGCAUGGACGUGGAGGAUUCGACGAUUACUUUUCCGGAAGUCGUCCACCUGUUCUACUGCAGCAUGGAUUGGGUGGUAGCUCAGCUGAUUGGGUCCUCAUGGGACCUGGUUAUUCAUUAGCCUAUUUUCUUGCGGACACGGGAUACGAUGUUUGGCUGGGCAACAACCGUGGUAACAUCUAUUCUCGAAACCACACGACGAUGGAACCUACCGAUCGUUACUUUUGGGAUUUUAGCUUCCACGAGCUGGGCUACUACGACCUGCCGUCGAGCAUCGACUACAUCCUCAGCGCCACGGGUCGACGGACUCUGCUCUACGUGGGUCACUCGCAAGGCACGACCCAGUUCCUCGUCAUGGCCUCACAGAAGCCUCAAUACAACAGCAAAAUCGCGCUCGCCACCGGCCUCGCACCUGCAGCCUUCACCGGCUAUCUCCGCGGCCCGAUUACGCAACUCACCAAGCUGACAUACUUCGGCGUGUGGGUUGGCGAAAACUUUGGUUAUCCAGAGUUUGGAUCACGCUCACGAUGGGGCAGGUUCAUUUCGAGGCUUUUUUGUCAGAGUGCAGCGCCAACACAAAUUUUCUGCAGUACAAAAUUCUAUUUACUGGCUGGCUUUAGUCCAGACAUCGAUCUAGAUAAGCUAACGGUGAUUGUAGGUCACAUACCGGCUGGUGCUUCCUGGAAGCAGCUCAUUCAUUAUGGUCAAGGAUAUAUAAAUCCAGGUUAUUUCCGGUUGUUUGAUUAUGGAGAUGCUAAGAAAAAUAUUCAACUAUACGGAUCUUCAGUACCUCCAGAGUACAAAUUAGAUGCUAUCACUGCUCCCAUGGCACUUUUUAGUAGUAACAACGAUUGGCUGGCUACACCCAAAGAUGUUGAAUUGCUAACAAAUAAGUUAGGAAGUAUAGUAUAUCAUCAAAGAAUCUCAGCUAACCCGUUUAACCACUAUGACUUCAUAUGGGGAAGAACAGCGCCAGAAAUUGUAUUUGAACCUCUAAUGCGUUUAAUGAACAAGUAUCGAUACAUUCGAUAAUAUUUUGUUGAUUGGAAAAGAAUGUAUCUACCACAAUGUGUUCAUCAAAAUCGUUAUAUUUAUAAGGAUCAAAUCAAUCUAGUCAUUGUCAAAAAGUUAAUUUUAAACUAGCAAAAGACAUUUGUUUUAUCUUGUAAAAAUGCAUUUUUACCUUUUGACAAAAAGAUAAGAAAAAACAUAACUAUGUAUCUAACCAUUCACAUAUCAACAUCAAAAAGAUCAUAACUAUUGGUCAUUUAAGAUAUUAGUAUCGAAUCAACAGGAAUAUAUUGCAAUCAAGUUAAAUUUCUCAGCCUCAGUAAAAGUUAUACGAGAAUAUUUUCGCAAAUUUAGCGAGUAUUUAUAAAAGCUCAAAUAGCUACAUGCAUCACGCAAGGAUUUAAUAUGAUAUCUCAGCAGUAAUAAAUUUAAUCCAUCGGAUGAUUGAUUGUAUAAUUAUUUAUGUGAAUGAUCAAUAUUCAUUUAAGACGCUUCAAAUAAAAAUAUUGACAUCAGAGCAUUGACAUGUUUCACGCUUCAAAUCCUGAUUAUCCAGUUGUACGUUACACUUUUAUCAAGAUUGAAGUGAUAACAUCGCAAGUUAAUAUUGCCACUGUCUAUAGGGUUGACAAAAAAAUCAUUUGUUGGUACUAUUAUUUGUUCAAUGAGUACGAUUGCAAAUAAGAAACUAC